GGGAAAAACUAGCAGGUUGGUGGCAGGAUUAGCACUCCAGCCACUGGGAAAAAAACUCCCACUGCUCCAUUUGGAUUAGUGUGGUCCUGAGGUAUCUUGCUGUCUCUUUUUUUUAGUUUCACCCUUUCACUUAAUAAAUCAGGUUUUAAACACACUUGGUUUGUCGACGGUGGGAAGUAUUUGAGCUGCUGUGAAGCUGAACCACGGGACACAGUGCAGUGAGGACAGAACGAAGGUAAAACAUGAAAAAAGAUCUAAGAUGUUGAUAGCCAUUCAGCGACUGCGGUGAGCUGAAGAGCAGGACCGGUAUUUAUAAAUGACAACAGUAGGAAAGACCCCUCCCGGGGCCGACCCGAAACAGCUGGAGCGUACUGGGACUGUGAGGGAGAUUGGAUCCCAGGCUGUAUGGUCGCUGUCCUCCUGCAAGCCAGGGUUUGGCGUCGACCAGCUUCGUGACGACAACCUGGAGACCUACUGGCAGUCGGACGGUUCACAGCCGCACCUGGUCAACAUCCAGUUCAGGAGGAAAACAACAGUGAAGAUGCUUUGUAUAUAUGCUGAUUACAAAUCUGAUGAGAGCUACACACCCAGCAAGAUCUCUGUCCGCGUCGGACACAAUUUUCACAAUCUCCAGGAGAUCAGGCAGUUAGAAAUGGUGGAGCCUAGUGGAUGGAUACACAUCCCCCUGCUGAAUCUGGCCAACAGCCCCAUCCGGACCUUCAUGAUCCAGAUCGCGGUGCUGGCCAAUCACCAGAACGGGCGCGACACGCACAUGCGGCAGAUCAAGGUCUACACGCCCGUGGAGGAGACCUCCAUCGGCAAGUUCCCACGAUGCACCACUGUGGACUUCAUGAUGUACCGCACCAUCAGAUGAUGCCAUCACUGUAGCGACCAUGUUUCUUCAUUAAUGUCCUUAUUUUGUAAUUAAACUGUCUGAAGUUCAGACAUUACUGUGCCAACAGCUGUCUCUCUUAAGGCUGCCUUUGAUUCUUUGCCUUUUACCAAGUUAUUACCGUGUAACUAGAUUAAAGUCAUUCAGAAAUGUU